AUGUCUUUCGACGCUACGCUAGACAAAGCAGUGCAAGAUGGUGUCAUUCCCGGUGCCGUCCUCCUCGCCAUGGACCGCUCAGGGAAACUCAACUACAAAAAAGUCCUGGGCAGGCGGACGCUGAAGCCCGGCGUCGAGGACCCGCUGCGCCUCGACACCGUCUUCACCGUCGCGUCCAUGACCAAGCUCCUGACCACGCUGUGCGUCUUGCAGCUCUCCGAGCGCGGCGUCAUUGCGCUCGACGACGACGUCUCGGAGCACCUGCCUAUUCUCGCCAAGCAGCCCGUGCUGACCGGCUUCGCGGAUGACGGGUCGCCGACCCUCGAGAAGCGGGACAGGCCCCUGACGGCCCGGCACCUCCUCACGCAUAGCUCCGGCGCGGGGUACCUCUUCCUGGACCCGCGGCUCAAGCAGUACGUCGAGCAUACGAAGCCGAAGAAGCCCAGCGGGACCAUCGACGAGCUCUUCGCGCUGCCGCUCCUGCAUCAGCCGGGUGAGGGGUGGACAUACGGCAGCGGCAUUACGUGGGCGGGCAGGUUGGUAGAGAAGCUGACGGGUCAGGUACUUGGCGCGUACAUGGACGAGAACAUCUUCAAGCCCCUAGGCAUUAGUCGCAUCACAUUCUUCCCCCAAGAAGUUUCCGAGCUGGCAGGACAAGUCAGCGACAUGACUUUCCGCCGAGGCGAUGGCGGGCUCCGUCAUGCACCCCCAGGACUCUCCUUCUUCCCGCCGCUCAAGGAUUGUCUCGGCGGCGAGGGCGCCUAUGCAGACCUACAGGAUUACAUCAAGGUGGUGUACUCGCUGCUGGUCGACGACGAGAAGCUGUUGAAGCGGGAGACGACGCGCUUGAUGUUCCAGCCGCAGCUGCCGACGCAGGCGUCGCGGGACGCGCUUCGCGAGACGUUCGAGGUCGCGAGCUGGGCCGUGGGCGACUUUUCGGGACCGAAGGAGUUUGACUGGGCGUACGGCGGCCUUCUCGUCGUUGGUGACAAGCAUCCCAUCCGGAGAAAGGGGUACUUGUGCUGGAGCGGAGCAGCCAAUCUCUAUUGGUUCAUCGACCGCGAUGCUGGGGUCUGCGGGGUCUGGGGCACGCAGGUCCUUCCCGCAGGCGAUGAGAAAGUGCGGCCGCUGAUAGGUGCCUUUGAGAGGCAUGUGUAUGCCAUGGCCAAAGAGGCGAAUGGUAACGAGAGGACGUCGAAGUGGUGA